AUGCGAGCCAAGAAACAGAGUGUAACAUUACAACAGACAUUGCUUGAUUCUUGCUCUGUUUCUGUAUGCCGUCCUCACUCUUCUUCUCCGGCGACUCCUUCUGUUCCACUCAGAUCAAAAUCCGUCGUCGUCGCUAGACUUGGCCGUCUGGGAAUUAGGGGAAUCGCUGUGAUCAUUGAUCUUCGCUCCUUAUGGCGCAGAUUGAGAACUCAGAACCCGAAAUCAUCAUCGUUUCGGUUCCCCAAGUGUGCUGCCAUCACAAGUUCCCGAACUCUCAAUUUCGGUGGAUUGAUGGAGCUACCAGCUCGACCUCAGAUUUUAAUUCUCGUCGAAGCUAAGAAAUCCGACACGGGUACAAGCAAAGUCGUCGAAUUGGCUCUCGUGGAUUUCAUUUCAACGUCUUAA